CCCGGCGCCAUGGGGGGGGUGAAGGUGAUCGGCAACGACGCCGAGUUCCAGCCGGAGCUGGGCGCCGCCGGCUCCCGCUUGGCCGUGGUCAAGUUCACCAUGCGCGGCUGCGGGCCCUGCCUCAGGAUAGCGCCGGCCUUCAGCUCCCUGAGCACCAAGUACCCGCAGGCGGCGUUCCUGGAGGUGGACGUGCACCAGUGCCAGGGAACGGCGGCCAGCAACAACAUCGCGGCCACGCCGACGUUCCUGUUCUUCCGGAAUAAAGUCCGCGUGGAUCAGUACCAGGGAGCCGAUCCCAUGGGAUUGGAGGAGAAGAUAAAGCAGCACCUGGAGAACGAGGCCGGCAACGGCGAGGCCGCCGAUAUUCCCAAGGGAUACAUGGAUUUGCUGCCCUUCGUGAACCGAGCGGGCUGCGAGUGCCUCAACGAGAGCGACGAGCACGGCUUCGAGAACUGCCUCCGGAAGGACGCUUCCUACCUGGAAUCCGACUGCGACGAGCAGCUCCUCAUGACCGUGGCCUUCAGCCAGCCCGUCAAGCUGUACUCCAUGAAAUUCCAAGGGCCGGAUAACGGCCAAGGCCCCAAAUCCGUGAAGCUCUUCAUCAACCUGCCGCGCUCCAUGGACUUUGCGGAAGCGGAGCGGAGCGAACCCACGCAGGCGCUGGAGCUGAGCCCCGAGGACAUCCGCGAGGCCGGGAGCAUCCCGCUGCGCUACGUCAAGUUCCAGAACGUCAACAGCGUCACCCUCUUUGUGCAGUCCAACCACGGCGCCGAGGCCACGACCCGCGUCACCUACUUCACCUUCAUCGGCACGCCCGUGCAGGCCACCAACAUGAACGACUUCAAGCGCGUGAGUCCCCAUCCCGAUCCCAUUCCCGGCUUUUCCCAACGCAUGUUCCUGUCCAAGCCCUCCAACCGCUUCCCCCUCCUUUCCCAAGCCAUUCCCGGAUCCCGGAGCAGCAUUCCCGUUUCCUCUUCCAGAUGGAUCCCAGGGGGACGAGGCCGCCGCAUCCUGACCGCAUCCCAGCCGCAUCCCGACCGCAUCCCAGCCGCAUCCCAGCUGCAUCCCGACCACAUCCCGGCCGCAUCCCGGCCGCAUCCCGACCGCAUCCCGACUGCAUCCCAGCCACAUCCCAGCCGCAUCCCGACCGCAUCCCAACUGCAUCCCGACCGCAUCCCGACCGCAUCCCGACCGCAUCCCGGCCGCAUCCCGACCGCAUCCCAGCCGCAUCCCGACCGCAUCCCAGCUGCAUCCCAACCAUAUCCCGACCGCAUCCCGACCGCAUCCCAGCCGCAUCCCGACCGCAUCCCAGCCGCAUCCCAACCGUAUCCCGACCGCAUCCCGACUGCAUCCCAGCCGCAUCCCGACCGCAUCCCGGCCACAUCCCAGCCGCAUUCCGACCGCAUCCCUGCUGCAUCCCAGCCGCAUCCCGACCGCAUCCCGGCCACAUCCCAGCCGCAUUCCGACCGCAUCCCUGCUGCAUCCCGACCGCAUCCCGACCGCAUCCCAGCCGCAUCCCAGCCGCAUCCCGACCGCAUCCCAACCGCAUCCCGACCGCAUCCCAGCCGCAUCCUGACCGCAUCCCAGCUGCAUCCCGACCGCAUCCCGACCGCAUCCCGGCCACAUCCCGACCGCAUCCCAGCCUCAUCCCAGCCGCAUCCCGACCGCAUCCCAGCUGCAUCCCGACCGCAUCCCGGCCGCAUCCCAGCCGCAUCCCAACCGCAUCCCAGCAUCCAGGCGGAUCCCAUCCAG